AUGUCCCUAUCUAGAUCGCCUUCUCCUCAACAGGGCGGGGGAUGGUCUACCCCUGGGCUGACGGAUGCCUCAGACUAUGACACACCACGGCGGAGAGACUAUGGCGAUUUGAAUGGGUCCGCGUUAAAUGACACUGCCUGGGCAGCUGCCAAAGCUAAGAGUCAACGAACAAAAGAGGAAGAUAUCAGCAACGCUGCCAAGAUUCAACAGCUUCACUUCAGAUCAGAAAGAUUGGAAUGCAGAGAAACUGGGAAGGGGUCGGUGGAGACCUGUUGGUUAUGGGAAAUGGUCAAGGGUCAGAACAUUGCCCUGACAACUGUUCUGUGGUCCAAAAGCAAUAUGACGUCCCGUUAUAGACGAGCAGCACAUUUUGGCGGCGGGUCAAAGUUUGUCAUGAUCCUAGCAGCAAACCAAGGAGGUGGCGUUAUGGAGUGGAAAGGACCCCGAGAGUGGGCUAUCGAAAGAGACAGCGUCAGAAAUAAGAAACAAUAUGCCGCCAAAUGGGGCUAUGAGCUAGAGAUUGUGGAUAUGAGCACCAAGAAACGCUAUGCGCACGAGUGGAGGGAGAGCUGGGAGAAAGUAGACACGAUCCGCAACUGUCUGCGGAAGUAUCCUGAUGCUGAGUGGUUUUGGUGGCUUGAUCUGAACACUUUCAUUAUGGAGCCCUCCUAUUCCUUGCAAACACACAUCUUUAAUAACCUCGCAGACAACACCUAUCGUGACAUUAAUGUCUACAAUCCUCUAAAGAUCACACACCCUCCUGUGGGUGAUUUUCUGGACCCUGAAACUCUUUCUCCAGUGGGAGACAACAAGUCAGAGAGUAUUAACCUCGUCGUACCCCAGGAUUGUUCUGGCUUCACCCUGGGCACAUUCUUCAUACGCCGCUCCCAGUGGACCGAUCGUCUAUUGGAUAUUUGGUGGGACCCUGUCUGCUACGAGCAGAAGCAUAUGGAAUGGGAGCACAAGGAGCAAGACGCUCUGGAGCAUCUUUACACAAAUCAACCGUGGAUCAGACCUCAUACAGCAUUUAUCUCACAAAGGAAAGUCAACUCUUAUCCACCUGGUGCUUGUGGAGGUGAUGAUGGUAAUCUCGACAGGAGAUUCCACUACCACGAGGAAGAUCGUGAUUUCAUGGUAAAUAUGGCCGGAUGCGAAUGGGGAAGAGAUUGCUGGGCCGAGAUAUACAACUUUCGCGAACUGAGCAACAAGCUGAACAGGAGCCGGUGGGAAAAGUUUAAGGACAGCAUCUCAGAUCGAUGGAAGAAGUUUAAGGAGUCUUUGAUCAAAAAGGCUGAUGCACCGAAAGAAGACGCAGAGAAGCAUGGUUGA